AAUAAUUUUCCUAAUGCCUAAGCCCUAGAAGACGAACCUGAGAAGCAGCCAGAGCACCGGUCCUAAUUUCUUUGGCGUGCCGCGAAUCGAUGAUCUUGUGUUGUGUGUGUGUAUCUGAAAGUGAAACAAAACAAUGAGCGAGAGAGGUCGUCGUAGAGUUGGGGAAGAUAGGAUAAGCUUCUUACCUGAUCAUUUACUGUGUCAGAUACUAUCUGAUCUACCUACUAAGAUUGCUGUUAGGACUUGUGUUUUGUCCAAACGAUGGAAAAGUGUCUGGCUAUCCGUUCCUCUGUUGGAUUUGGACGUUUCUGAGUCCCCAGCUGGUUACUCUGAAUUUGCGAGUGUUGUCCAUCGCUUUCUUGAUAUCUCUAGGGAGACACGCAUACACAAGCUCAGACUUUUUCUUAUGAGAAAUCAGCCUUAUCAGUCUUACUUGUCGCAGUGGAUCCACAACGCAGUUAUGCGUAAAGUUCAACAUUUGGAUGUUGUUAUAUGCCGUUUGAGUUAUAUAGGUGAGAAGCUGAUGCCCCUUAGCCUUUACACCUGUGAGUCUCUGGUAUCUUUGAAACUCAAUAAUGUGACAGUGGCUGAUUUCGAGAAUGUGUCUCUACCUCGUCUGAAAAUCAUGCAUUUAGUAGACAACAGGUAUGCUAAUGAUGCUCUUUUGGAGAAUCUUAUCUCAUCUUGCCCGGUUCUUGAAGAUUUGAAAGUUGUUAGAUAUGUAGAGAGAGAGUACAUCGUUAAGGUUUUACGAGUACGUUCUCAGUCAUUAAAGAUUCUCAAACUUGUUCUAGAUAGUGAUGGUUAUGGGCUAGCAAGUAUUGAUGAUUUGGAGGUUGCAAUUGAUGCUCCUGGACUCAGCUAUUUGAGUCUUGAAGAUCACCAGUCGAAACGUUUCGUUAUAAGUAGUUUGAGUUCACUUGCCAAGGUAGAUAUUGAUGUCAGUUUUGAUGCGGUGAGAAUUGUAUUGAGAAAUGUCGCUUUAAAGAGAAGUGUAGUGAGAAACUUUCUCACAAGUCUCUCGAGCGUAACGGACAUGACUAUGAGUGGAACAACUUUGACGCUCCUCUCUCGCUACAUGAUAGAGGAACCGCUGCCCCAGUUUCCUUACAUGAUCCAAUUCUGUGCUGUCUUCUAUAACUCUGAUUUGGAAAAGCUUCCCAACUUUCUUGAGAGCUUUCCAAAUCUCAAAUCCCUUGUCUUGGAGCUGGAGGAAUAUAAGAAGAACAAUCUACUUAUUUUCUCAUCGUCAGUUCCAAAAUGUUUAAAAUCAUCCUUGGAGAAUGUUGAGAUUCGAACACCUAUAAGCGGAGCUGAACCGGAAAUGAAACUAGUAAAGUACUUCCUCGAGAAUUCGGCUGUUCUCAAGAAGUUUACUCUGCAUUUGCGUUGUAAGAGAAUGGAAAAAGAGUCUAUCAUCUUCAUGGAACUUCUGAGAUUUAGGAGAUGUUCUGCUUCUUGUGAAGUUGAUGUUGAACUUGAAGGUACUUACUUAUCCAAAUGUGAUACACAAGUUCUUGUAACGCUUAAAUUUGCAGUUUUCCCUUUCAGGAUAGUUUAGUAUUGGGAUUUUAUGUAUAUUUUUAACAGAGCCGGUUAGUUUUUUUAUCCGUUACAGUUCAUUUUUUAUUUUU